GCACCGGGCCAGAAGUGUCAUUUUGAGGUCAUGCGUAGUCUAAGUCACGCCGCAUAUGCACAACGCCCAAACAGCAGGCUAUCUCUGCGCAGUCCUAUUUCUUCCAAUCUUAACGCAUAUAUAGUUACGAGAUUAUAAAAUCCGUACAUUUUGCUGGUAAACUCGUUCGUCAUCAGCUCACUCUCCGCAACGACAUCGUCGUUCAUUCAACUGCAACAACCCGGACCACGUGACCCCGACCCCAAGCUUCGACAUCGCCAAUCUCCAACUCUCCAAACUACCGGCUUGCCCUCCAACCACCGCGCCUAUUCGACCUUGAAGCGGUCGCUAAAGUAUAUCCCUCCUGGCCUAUUGGAUGCCCCAUGAUGGGUCUGGCAGCGUCAUGAGCACUGGCCGCCUCCGCAACGAGGCCAUCGCCACGCCCACACCGUACCCUGACUCUCGCACAGGCGUCCUUCCCUACCUCCCCGAAGAGCUCCCCGAUCGGGCGCCACGAAGCAAUGCGGCAACGGCGGCAUCGGCAGCAGGUGUUCGAGCACUAAGCGCGCAGCUCGUGGCCUUCUACUUCCGUGCGCCAGCCAAGGCGUUCUUCCGAACACGUGUCGACUAUCUGGCAUACGCGCGAACCGUCCACCAAGCGCAGAUCCAGCAACUCAUCAAGGCGGCUGCCAACGACACGUCGAGCUCCCGAUUCACAUCGUGCAUGCGCCAGGUAUGGCUGUGGAUGCGAGGCACCACUCCCGGCGUGCUCACAUCUGCAAUCAGACAAGAAGGCUGGAGCAUUGUGCCGAACCAAAUCCUACCACCGCUGCUGGCGAACAUUGGCGUUGGUGCUGUCCUGUACACAAGCUACCUACACAUACUGGGCAACUUACAUGAAGAGAGCAAAAAGGCCACGAAGCGCGUAUACCCCCCGCCGUCUCCGUCGCAGACAUUCACAGCAGGCUUCCUCGCAGGCGGCAUCCAGAGUGUUCUUGCAGCCCCGUUGGACGCUCUUCAGGCAAGAUACGACCACAGAGACGUCAUGGAAAAGGAUGGUAGCGGCCGACCACGCAAUAUGUGGGCGUUUGGCGGAGAAAAGUUGCGCGAGAUUGGAGCCCGAGGAGUCUUUGCUGGAUGGGGGCUCUCCUUUGCCAAAGACAGCUUGGGCAGCGCCAUGUUUUUCACCACCUUUGAGUAUAUCAAAGCACAGGGUUAUUACAACUUUAUCAAAUGGUACUAUGCGGACCUCAAUGACGAUAUUAUCGACCUUCUGGCCCUCAAACGGCCGACGAAUAAAGACGACGAGGACAAAAAGGUCAUUCGGCCACACUAUGCUAUAGAGCCUAUGUUCCUGCUGCUAGCUGGCUCGUCUGCAUCGCUAGGUCAGCAGAUUCUUCUGCACCCUCUUACGCAUUUCCAAGUCAAGUAUUGGGAUCAUUUGGAAGAGCUAGACGCCAAGGCGGCGAGAUAUAGAGCAUCGGCGCCGGCGGAGCCGCGAGUUCGCUUUAGAAUGAUGCGAGCAUAUUAUCACGCAUACCAAGAGACAUUUGCAAGCUGUGCUGCCGAGGCAGCCAGCGAGGGCUUGAGUUUGAACAAAUGGCUGUACCGCGGGUUCUGGUGGAAUGCCAUUCGCCAAGUACCAAGUACGAGCGCAGGGUUAAUUAUCUUUGAGCUGAUUAGACGAAAGUACGGCUUCGGAUCAGAAGAAGUCCGUAUUACAAAGGACGGUUAUGAUAUUUUGGUGAAUUAGAUGCAUUGACAUAGAGCAAGCAUGGAUGUACUAUUACUAACAGUUGGCAUUCGUAUUUACCGCGACAAGAUGCUUUUUUGUAUAUAUGGUGAUAUAGCAACAGCUGGUGGGAUGUUAUAUAGGAUUCAUACUCUCUGCUUUUUUUAUUUAUUUACCUUCUUUGUAAUUUUUUGAAGGCUGCGGAAAGCUCAUCGUGCUAUUGCUCAAAUUUAC